GCUCUGUGGCCUUUCAAUGGACUAAAGUGCUAGAUUUAUCAGUGUAGUAUAAUAAUAUAACCAAGUCUCAGGUUCCGUUUAUUUGUUUAGGAACGAUCGCAAUUGUCUUCACUCAAUGUGAGAGACAGAACUGGCGUCCAACAUGCGUAAAAAUCAACGCUGUCCAAGCAGGGAACCACCGAGAAACGAAUUACCGCCGCUCUACUGAGGCCAAUCUCGAUUAUUUUUUUGUUAAAUAAAGAAACGUAAUACAGCUAGUUGGCUAACAUUACCUCCGCAGAGAGCUUGCUUAACGACAUAUCUUCACCAAAAAGCAGAGUCAGAAUACCAAGAUUGGAUCUACAGUCGCAUAACAGCAGGAAAACUUGUAGGCAGCAAUGGGUGCAUUCCUGGACAAGCCGAAGACUGAGAAGCAUAGCGCCCAUGGCGAUGGUAAUGGGCUACGCUACGGCCUGAGCUCCAUGCAGGGCUGGCGGGUGGAAAUGGAGGACGCCCACACAGCUGUGGUGGGCCUUCCCCAUGGACUCGCUGACUGGUCGUUCUUUGCUGUCUAUGAUGGCCAUGCAGGUUCGCGGGUGGCCAACUAUUGUUCUGGGCACCUGCUGGAACACAUCUUGUCAGGAGGAGCUGAGUUUGGUUCCGGCCCCAGCACUGUGGAAGGCGUGAAGGACGGGAUCCGCUCAGGAUUCCUGAACAUUGACGAGUAUAUGCGCAACUUUACGGAUCUGCGGCAGGGCUUGGACCGCAGCGGAUCGACAGCCGUGUGCGUGUUGCUCAGCCCGACUCACCUCUACUUCAUUAACUGCGGCGACUCGCGAGCCGUUCUGUGUCGAGACGGCAAGGUGGGCUUCUCCACCCAGGACCACAAGCCCUGCAACCCUCGUGAAAAGGAACGCAUCCAGAAUGCUGGCGGUUCAGUCAUGAUCCAAAGGGUAAACGGCUCCCUGGCUGUGUCACGAGCCCUUGGGGACUACGACUACAAAUGUGUGGAUGGUAAGGGCCCCACGGAGCAGUUGGUGAGCCCUGAACCCGAGGUUUGCGUGUUAGAGCGGGCAGCCGAAGACGAGUUUGUGGUUCUAGCAUGUGACGGGAUCUGGGAUGUCAUGUCCAACGAAGAGCUGUGCGAGUUUGUCCGCUCACGACUGCAGGUUUGUGAUGACCUGGAGAAGGUCUGUAACUCAGUGGUGGACACCUGCCUUCACAAGGGGAGCAGGGACAACAUGAGCGUGGUGCUGGUGUGUUUGCCUGGAGCUCCCAAAAUCUCUGAUGAGGCUGUGAAGAAGGAAGAGGAGCUGGAUAAAAAUCUAGAAACCCGUGUUGAGGAGCUUCUGGGUAACUGUGGGGAUACGGGAGUCCCUGACCUGGUGUCUGUCCUAAGGACUAUUGCCUCAGAGAACAUCCCUAACCUUCCACCUGGUGGAGGCCUGGCCAGCAAACGGAGUGUGGUAGAGGCAGUGUACAACAGGCUGAACCCUCACAGAGAAGAAGAAGGGAGUGCCGGUGACCUGGAUGACCCCUGGUAGCCGUGGCAACCGCUCCCCAUCUCCUCCCGGUGAUCCCGUGCAUCCACCCAGAGGAGGAUCGUCUCUCCAUUGCGCCAUGUCUUUCUCCACUAAAAGAGGAUGCGUGGUGUGUGCUGGAAUGCGUGAGUGUGUGUAUGUUGUGUGUGUGUUGUGUGUGUGUGUGUGCGUGUGUGUUCGCAGCAGCGGGACAAAGACUACACCUAAACACGCGUACUGCUUUAAUCCCGGAGGAAAAGCCGAAUCACUUCUCAGAAAAGUCAAGAUUUUAUGAACUGAAGCGUCGUGAUGGUAAAGAUGAUUUUUACCGUUUUUGUUUUGUUUUUCUUGAAUGUCGAACACCCGACUCCACAUGAGGACCUAUUGCGUGCAUGUUUUUGUGUGUGUGAGAGUUGGUACGUGUACGUGUUUAAACGAGGGCCAAGAGGACACACGCGGUGGUUAAAGUCUUUGUACGUUUUCGUUUUUUAAACUCGUUUUCAUUUUUGCGUUCUUGGGUCUGACAAUUACCGAACACCUUUGCUUCUUCCCUCUUUUAAAAACAUACACACGCUCUCUCUCUGAUCCACAAACCCAUACACUGACCCCGCCACCCCCCCACGUCCACCCGUGGAAACAUGUGCCACCUUCGCGGGGCACUGCGUGAAGACUUUGGUUCUACACGAACAGCUUUGUGGUUUUCUAAUCAUUCUCAAUGGACGGCCAUUGCUCGAGACU